AUGCUUGAGUCAAUUAGCACAGAUAGAGAUGAACAACAAAAAAUAAACGAACAAUGGAUUAAUGAACAUCUCGAUUCUCUUGAAGAUUCUAUGCAAGAUCUUGAUAGAGCAAUUAAAUAUUUAAAUCAAAAACAAGCAGAAGAAUUAAUAUUCACACAACAAUCAAAAUCAUUACUUGAAAUUGUUAAAGAAAAACCAAUUUCACAAUCAAUUGAAAAUAAUACUCAAACAAUUUUAUUCGAAUCUAAUUAUAAUAAUAAUAAUAAUAAUCAAUGUACUUGGCGAACAUCUUCUCCCAUGAAUACCACAUUUAAUACUCAACAAUUAUAUGAUAGUCUUCCAUUUGAUAAUCAAAAUGGUGGUGUUUGGCUACAUGGUUUUGAUAUUCAAUAUAAUACAUCACAAUGGACAUCAAAUAAUAAAUUAAAAAUAAUUCUUAUGCCUCAUUCACAUUGUGAUCCAGGUUGGCUUAAUACGUAUGAACAAUAUUUUGCCUAUUCAGCACGACGUAUUCUUAAUACAAUGAUAACAAUGCUUGAUAAAAAUUCAAAAUAUAAAUUUAUUUGGGCUGAAAUGUCUUUUUUAAGUUUAUGGUGGGAUCAGGCAACAUAUGAUCAACGUCAAUUAUUAAAAAAACUUCUGGAUAAUAAACAAUUGGAAAUUGUUACUGGUGGUUGGGUAAUGAAUGAUGAAGCAAAUACACAUUAUUUUGGUAUGCUUGAUCAACUUAUCGAAGGACAUCAAUUUAUUGAAAAUACAUUUGGAAAUAUUACAAUACAAAGUAGUUGGGCUAAUGAUCCAUUUGGUUAUUCACCAACUAUGGCUUAUCUAUUACAAGGUUCAGAUAUUCAUUAUGUGGCUAUUCAACGAGUUCAUUAUCAUAUAAAAAAAGCAUUAGCAAAAGAGAAACAAUUAGAAUUUUUUUGGCAACAAACAUGGGAUCGUAAUAUUUCAAAACGAAUUUUUACUCAUAUACUUCCAUUUCAUGGUUAUGAUAUUUCAUAUUCAUGUGGUCCUGAUCCAAAAAUAUGUUGUCAAUUUGAUUUUAGACGAGGAGCUAAAUUAUUUGCAGGUUGUCCAUGGGGUAUAAAUCCUGUAUCUAUCAAUGAAAAUAAUACUCAUGAAAGAGCUGAAUUAUUAUUAGAUCAAUAUCGAAAAAAAGCUCAAUUAUAUCGAACAAAUGUUUUACUUAUUCCAUUAGGUGAUGAUUUUCGUUUUAUAUCAAUAUAUGAAGCUAAACUUCAGUUUAAUAAUUAUGAUAAAUUAUUUACAUAUAUUAAUCAACGAGCAGAUUGGAAUACUCAUAUUCAAUAUGGUACAUUAAAUGAUUAUUUUGAACAAAUUCUACAAGAAAAAUCUCUCGUAGAAUUUCCAAGUUAUGCCGGAGAUUUUUUUACAUAUGCUGAUCAUGAUGAUCAUUAUUGGAGUGGUUAUUAUACAUCAAGAGCUUUUUUUAAAAGAAUGAAUCGAAUUGCUGAAUCUUAUCUUAGAGCUACUGAAAUUCUCUUUUCUAUUGCUCAUGCUCAAGUUCUCGAGGGAAAACUAGCUAGUUAUUUCCCAAAAGAUGAUCUAUUCACAAAGUUAAUUAUUGCACGACGAAAUCUUGGUGUUUUUCAACAUCAUGAUGGUAUAACAGGUACAGCUCGAGCUCAUGUUGUUAAUGAUUUUGGACAAAAACUUCUAACAGUCAUAAUAUUAUCACAAAUUGUAAUGCAACAAUCUGCUGCUUAUCUUCUUUUUCAAAAUGAUUAUUCAUUUAAUAAUCAAUUUUUAAUAUUAAAUCAAGAAUUUGAAACAUUUGAUACAUUACCAAUAAGACAAUUUAUAUCAUUUAAUAAUAAUAAUAAAGAAAAAAUUCGUAUGAUUUAUAUUUAUAAUCCAACAGAUCAAAGACGAAUUGAAAUUGUUAAAAUUCUUCUUGAUACAUAUUAUGUACGUGUAACUAGUAAUAAACAACCUAUUGAAACAUGUCAAAUUGAUCCAAAAUGGUCUAAUAGACGAUCAAAUAUAAUGAAUCAAAAUCAAUUCGAACUUCUUAUUCUAAUUGAUAUUGAACCAUAUUCUAUAAAAGAAUAUACUAUUCAUGCUACUACAUUUAAACAACCAUGUCCAUUAACUGAAAUUGAAUAUAUCAAUGAAAAACAACUACCUAAAACUUCAUCUACACCUUUUAAAAUGAAUGUCAUCAAUACAAAAGGAUUUCAAAUAGAUAAUCGUUUUCUUUCAAUUAUAUUUUCAAAAAAUGGUGUUCUACUCAAUGUUCAACAUAAAAAAUCCGAUGAAAAUUUACGUUUUCAUACAAAUAUAAUUCGUUAUGGAACAUUAAAACAAUCCGAUCAUCAUAGUGGUGCAUAUUUAUUUAUACCUGAUGGGAUAGCACAAAAUAUUCCUACGAGUAAUUAUGAUUUGAUUCGUAUUCAACGAGGUCCAUUAAUAAAUCGAGUUUAUAUUAAUCAUGAACUAUAUAGUUUACAAUAUAAAUUAACUAAUACAAAUGGUUUAAAUGAUUAUAUGCUUGGACUUAGUACAAUAACUCAUUUAAAUAUGAAUAAAGAUACAGAAUUAGCUUUACGAUUUUCUACGGGAAUUAAAAAUGGAGCAGAAUUUUUUACAGAUUUAAAUGGUUUUCAGAUGAUUCGAAGAACAACUUAUGGUAAAUUACCUUUACAAGGUAAUGUUUAUCCAAUGCCAACAAUGGCUUAUAUUGAAGAUAAUUUUAUGAGAUUUACUAUUCUUUCUGGUCAACCAUCGGGUGUAGCAUGUUUAAAACCAGGUAUUGUUGAUGUUUUUCUUGAUCGACGUCUUACUCGUGAUGAUGGUCGUGGUUUAGGUGAAGGUAUUAUGGAUAAUCGUGAAAUUAUUAGUACUUUUAAACUUUUAUUUGAAUCACGUCAUACAAUUGCUGAUCGUACAUCAUUAACAGGUUAUCCAACACUUCUAGCUCAUCAUUUAUCUAUUGAACUUCUUUAUCCUAUACAUUUAUUUCAUUCAUUAAAUUCAAAAAUAGUUUUAAAUGAAUUUAAUUUAUUUUUAAAACCAUUACUUUUUCCUAGUGAUUAUCAUUUAGUUAAUUUACGUACAUUAAAUAAUAAUGAUGAUAAGAAAUAUAGUGCAUCGAAAAAUGUUGCAUUAAUUUUACGAAGAUUUGCUUAUGAUUGUGAUGAAUAUUAUGAUAGAUCAUUUCAUUUUGAAAAACCAAUAUUUGAAUAUUUCUUUCAAGUAAAUCAAAUUGAAUCAAUCGAACAAACAUCUUUAUCAUUACGACAUAUAAAACAAAAAUUAAAUAUUACAUCUAAACUUAAUGUUCCAUUUGCUGAAAUUGUUACUUAUAAAAUACGUUUUAAUUAA